AUGGUCCAGCGGGGAAGGUGAGCUCCGGCGGGAGACUGGGCGGCUUGGCGGGCGGGGGGCGGCGGAGGCGCAGCCUGGGGGCGGGGAUAUCGGGCGGCCGAGAAGCAUCAGCGCCGCCCCCGCCCAGUCGCGGAGCCCCGGCCGGGCGACGGACCAGGCUUCCUCGGAGGGGUGCGAUGCUGUGCGACUGGGAAGCCCCCCAGGGCUUGUCAUCACAGUCGGAAGGGGUUAACUUCGGAUCUGGGGCUUAUUUCCUACAUACAGUGGUACCUCGGGUUAAGAACUUAAUUCGUUCCAGAGGUCCGUUCUUAACCUGAAACUGUUCUUAACCUGAAGCACCACUUUAGCUAAUGGGGCCUCCCGCUGCUGCUGCGCCGCCGGAGCACAAUUUCUGUUCUCAUCCUGAAGCAAAGUUCUUAACCCGAGGUACUAUUCUGGGUUAGCGGAGUCUGUAACCUGAAGCGUAUGUAACCUGAAGCGUAUGUAACCCAAGGUACCACUGUAUAGAGACAGAGAAUAAAGAUGGUGAUGCAGUGCCGGGCGCUCCCUACCUACAUGUAGGUCUACCCACCCGCCACUGCCCAGGAAACUCCAGGAGCCCCCAAAGAGGCCGGUGUUUCAGUAGGGAGUGUAAUUCCUGAGUUUGCCAUCACCCCCAACAUCAUGUCAAGCCAAAGUCCCGCUUUGGUCCCCUGCCUUUAUUCAGCUUGGGGCCCAAGUGUGGACAGGCCCCGUUUCCUGUCUUAGGAGCCCUCGCCAAAUGGUACCUUGAGAGGUGGGCAAGCCUAUGCCAAAAAACCAGGCAAAGUUUCAGCCGCCGUCUGGACUCCAUAUGGUGCCUUGCGUCCAAAUGUUGAUAGAGACCACCAAGUCUCAUGCAAGUUCGGCAGCGGUAUCUCGAGAGGCAGAUGAACCUAUGCCAAAAAAAGGACGAAGUCAUGCCAGGCCAUGUUUUGGUCUCCCAUCUUGAUUCAAAAUGGCACCUGGCAUCCAAAUGUGGGUGGAGAGGCUGCCCCAACUUGGGAAUCCUCAUGCUGAGUUUGGUGAUGACAAGAGAGACAAGCUAGUUAGCAGAGACGCAAAGACAAGCUAGUUAGCAGAUUUCAGUCCGUUAAAGACAAGACUUUCUGCACCUGAUGAAGCAGACAGAUUCAUCGCCGUAUAAACAUUUAUGGACUAAAAGGCCAUUGGAGCAAUGAGAGUGAAUCUAAUUUUGGUCCAAUAGGCUGCUUUCUUCACACACACCUUUGACCUGCAUCCAGAGAAACAAGUGGGAUCAUCAGAGUUCAAGGACAUGUUUCAGGCAGGCAAAAACUCUGGGGCCAGUAAGGGGCAUGGCCUGGAGAGAGUGACAAGGGCCAGACAGAGUUCUGAAGGGCACAUUGGCCCCUAGGUAUGAGACAUUCCUGGCUCAGAGCAGUCUUCCUCUCAAUUUAAGAGCUGUGAGCUUCAUCUUUGGCCUUUGGGCUUCCUGGAGGUAUCCUGGGUAGCCACUGUAGGAAUCGUAGAAUCGUAUACAGUGGUACCUUGGGUUACAAACACCUCGGGUUACAGACUCUGCUAACCCGGAAGUAGUACCUCGGGUUAAGGACAUUGCUUCAGGAUGAGAAAAGAAAUCGCGCGGUGGCAGCGGGAGGCCCCAUUAGCUAAAGUGGUACCUCAGGUUAAGAACGGUUUCAGGUUAAGAACGGACCUCCAGAAUGAAUUAAGUUCUUAACCAGAAGUACCACUGUAGUUGGAAAGGACCCCAAGCAUCAUCUAGACCACUCCCACAGGAUGCAGGACUAGAUGGACCUUUGGUUGUGUUUGCAUUGGCUUGACCUACUCUGAGCUGAACCAAAUUAAUUCUGCUGUACCUAAAUGUCUUGGUCUGGCUUUCCUUCCCCUGUAUCGCCUACAGAAACAAUGGAGGAGCUGAGCCAAGCUCUCGCUUUCAGCUUUGCUGUCUCCCAGGACCUCAACAGCACAGCAGCACCACACCCCCGGCUGGCACAGUACAAAUCCAAGUACAGCUCCUUGGAGCAGGCAGAGAGGCGACGGCAGCUCCUUGCAUUUCAGAAAACGUAAGGGGCAUCUCUAAAUGGCUAUAUUUCCAUGUUGUUGCGGGUAUUAUUUAUUUAUUAAAUUUCUAUCCUGCCUUUCCUCCAAGGAGCCCACUGUGGCACACAUGGUGAUUCUUCUUCCCAUUUUAUUCUCACAACAACCCUGGCAGGUAGGUGAGGCUGAGAGACAGAGACUGGUGAGCUUCAUGAAUGAGUGGGGCUGGAAUCCUGGGCUCUCAGGUCCAAUACUAACCAAGCAAUGUAAACCAAACCAAACCAUCAAUAUAACAUGGGAAUGCAAAUUCCACAUUCAAAACGAAAGAAUGCUAAUCAUAGUCAUUCCACAUAAUUAGGCAACUAUAAAUGCCAAAGCGGCAUAAAAAGGAGCCAUGGAAGCAAAUUAUAUAUGAAACAUUGGAUUGUAUCCAACUAAGUUCUCCUUGGAGUAGACCCAUUGAAAUUAAUGGACCUAAAUGAAUAAUGUUCAUUCGUUUCAAUGGAUUGGCUCUGAGCUCACACUGACUACAUCUCAUUGUCUUCUUGUUAAUCUGUACAACAACCUUGUAAAGCAGGCAAGUACCGUUACUGCCAUAUUGAAGACAGGGAGUGGGGAAUUUAAGAAGCAGACACAUUUGCCACUCAGUUACCUGCCACACUCACCUGUCCUCAGGAAAGAUAAUAGUUAAUAUAUUUUAAAUAUAUAUAUAAUUGUCUGCAGGCAACAUGCCAGGUGCUGUCUCUUAAAUUCUUAAAUGCUUAUCAUUUCUGGCCUUUAGCUGUUGUAUCUGAAAUGGACUCUACCUGUAAGAUGAUGUAGUUCUCUUCUAUCCUCUUCUCAUAUUUUUGACUAACAUUUUAGUUUUUUCUUUCUUAAGUUUAAAGCCUGCAACUAGCCCAAAUUCCGUAAUCUUCUCUAUCACUAUUGGCACACUUUCUUUUGGGUUCUCCGUGGUUAUAGUCAGGUCAUUGGUGAAGGCUUUUACUUUGAAGGUCUUGUUUCCAACAACUAUACCCCUUAUUAUACCCCUUCUUUUCUUUUCUUUUCUUUUCUUUUCAUGUUCGUAUUCAGAAUUUCCAACACCAAUAUAAAUAACAAUGUGAGUAAAGGACACCCCUAGCUUGUAUCUCUCUUUAUAUUACAAUUUUCUGUUAGAUUGUUAUUUAUAACUAGUUUAGCUCUUUGUUGCAAGUAUAUUGCGUUUAUACCUUUAUAAAAAAAUUCUCCCACUCCUAUCAUUUCUAAUGUUUUUUUCACAAACCUCCAGGAGACAUUGUCAUAUGUCUUCUCUGCAUCAAUAAAUAACAGUACCACCUGUUUUUCGAUUGUGACUUCCAGAUACUCUAGAGCAGGGACGUCCAGCUCCCAAGAGACUGCGAUCUACUCCGGGGGGGGGGGGACUGGCAGUGAUCUACCCAUGGGGGGGAGUUCAGAGUUGUUGAACUUUUUUUAGGGGGGCAGGUCAAAGUUGUUGCCCCUUUUUUAAACAGUAAGUGUGCAGAGUUAAAAUAAAUUGCUCACCAACAACACAUUCGCUAACACACAAACACAGCGACGCAGGGAAAGGCGGAGGGGCGGAGACAUGAUUCUAAACAACGCAAUAAGGAUCCCACGGUUGACCACGAUCAUCCUGUGGUCAACCAGUUGGAUACCCCAGCUCUAGAGUAUCUAUUACAUAUCUCAUAUUAUUUUUCAUAUGGCUUCCUGGGAGAAAUCCUGCUUGGUCCUCAUGAAUAUAGUCUUUCAGUAUACGUUUAAAUUUACUUACUAUUAUAUCUGCAAAUAUUUUAUAUUCAUUUUUAAGGAGAGAUAUAGGUCGGUAAUUCUUAACUGAUGUUUCCUUAGGGAUUAAGGUUAUAUAGGCCUCCUCCCAUGAUUCUGGUAGUUUCCCCGUACAGUGGUACCUCGGGUUACAUACACUUCAGGUUACAUUCGCUUGGGGCCUCCUGCUGCCGCUGCGAGAUUUCUGUUCUCAUCCUGAAGCAAAGUUCUUAACCCGAGGUAAUAUUUCUGGGUUAGCGGAGUCUGUAACCUGAAGCGUCUGUAACCUGAAGCAUAUGUAACCCGAGGUACCACUGUACUGAUUUAUUAGACUUAAAAAGGUAAAGGGCCCCCUGACCGUUAGGUCCAGUCACGACGACUUGGGUUACGGUGCUCAUUUCACUUCAUUGGCCGUGGGAGCUGGCGUACAGCUUCCGGGUCAUGUGGCCAGCAUGACUAAGCCGCUUCUGGUGAACCAGAGCAGCGCACAGAAACGCCAUUUACCUUCCCACUGGAGCGGUACCUAUUUAUCUACUUGCACUUUGACGUGCUUUCGAACUGCUAGGUUGGCAGGAGCAGGGACCAAGCAAUGGGAUCUCACCCUGUCGCGGGGAUUUGAACUGCCGACCUUCUGAUCGGCAAGCCCAAGAAGCUUAGUGGUUUAACCCACAGCACCACCCACGUCCCAACUUAUUAGACAGAGGGUUUUAACAACUGUUUGGCUAGCAUGCUUACUUAUGCUACAAUAAGGCGAGAGUUCACAGAGAUUUUACGACUCAUGUAAUAAAAAGAUCUCUAUAUGCAGUCUGGACAAAAAAUAAGGGUAUCCUGGAACAAAAGAAACCCUGGUGGUUGUUGCCGAUGGGAGCCAUGACAGUAAAGAAAAUUAACAAGAUGGUUGAAUGGGUUACGUAUAAAGAAAUUAUCUGUGAAGAAGGCAACUAACUAAGACUCAAAAAUUUUGAAGAAAUAAGAAGUAAAGUCAACAAUUGGUUACAAUACCACCAAAUACGUGACUUAUUUAAACAAGAUAAAAAAGGGCUUUAGUAAAGAACCUUCAAGAUUCAAAAGUGACUUGAUGAUGACUUGUGAAGUGAUAAGGGAAAAUUUAAUAAAGAUGUUUUACAGAUGGUAUUUAACACCAACCAAAAUAUGUAAAAUACAUAAAACAAAAUCAAAUCUGUGUUGGAGGUAUAACAAAGCAGAGGGGACAUUCAUACAUAUGUGGUGGACAUGUGAUAAAAUCAAAGGCUUCUGGGAUAUAGUGUACGAAGAGUUAAAGAAAAUGUUUAAACAAAACUGUUAAGAAAACAAGCUUUUUUAUUGGGGAUACUAGACAUAGAUAUUGCCAGAGAAAAUAAGAAAAUAUUCCUUUACGCCAUGGGAGUGGCGAGAACACUAAUUGCCAAAAAUUAGAAAAAAGAAAUAAUCCCGACAAAAAAAUAAUGGCAAGGCAGAUUAUUUUAUUAUAUUAAAUUGGCCAGAUUGACAGAGGCAAUUAGGGGUCAAACCAAACAAAAAUUCCAAAAAUAAUGGGUAAAACAAAGAGAAUAUUUUUAAUAGCAGUGCCCUCAAAUUAAUACUUGGACUUAUUUUGAUUGAUUUCUGCAAAAUAAUUUAUGGUACUUAAGUUAAAAAGAAAGAAAAAGGAGUAAUAAUGAACUAAAAAGGAGACGGUUUACCAAAAACGAUAAAAGAACCAUGUUGAGGAUUAAAUCAAAUGGAAGAAAAGAAUUGAAAUAUGGUGGGUGGGUGUGUGGGUGUGUAUGACUAUUUGUUUUGUAUACGUUUUCGUGUGGUGUAUAAGAGCCAGUGUGGUGCAGUGGUUAAGAGCGGUAGUAUCGUAAUCUGGGGAACCGGGUUCGCGUCUCCGCUCCUUCACAUGCAGCUGCUGGGUGACCUUGGGCUAGUCACACUUCUCUGAAGUCUCUCAGCCUCACUCACCUCACAGAGUGUUUGUUGUGGGGGAGGAAGGGAAAGGAGAUUCUUAGCCGCUUUGAGACUCCUUAAGGGGAGUGAAAGGCGGGAUAUCAAGUCCAAACUCUUCUUCUUCGUAUGUUAUGUUUUAUUUGUCCUUUUUUGUUUUGUUUUAUGUCUUGUUGUUUGUUUCUCUCUUGAUUCUGUAUUAUUAUUUUUAUGUUCAGUUUGACAAGUGUGUGUAUACGUGUUGUAAAUAAACUGAAUAAAAUUUAAAAGAUGAUAGCUAGAUAGAUAGACAGACAGAUAGAUAGAUAGAUAUAGAUGAUAUAUAAUGACAACAAAAAACUGUCCAAAAUGUAUAAAAUUUUAUUAGAAUGGUCAGUGAAGUAUGAGGAGGUAAAAUCAGCCAUGGUAAAGUGGGAAAGAGAUCUAGGUCAUAAUAUACAACUCUCAGAAUGGCAAAAAUUGUGGAGGGAAGAUCUUAAAUUCACAGCAUGGAAUAAAAUUGGUCAGCUCAGAUUGAAACCAACAGACCAUAGCAAGACAUCAAAGUCAGUGUUAAUUAGGAUUGCAAAAAAAAAAAAAAAUUUCAAGAUUUUGAAAGAAAAAAAAAGCUGAUCAACUUUUCUGUCUGAAUUUUCACUUUUGAAAUAUGGCAACCCUAUGUUAAUGAAAAGUUCAGAUGAGACAGAAAGUGUCAGCCUGGCAGGCAGACUUAUGAAGGCAGGAUGCUACCAUACAAAAGCUGCACGGUGGAUUUAGUAUAAUGGUUUUAACUAUGGAAUUGAUUGCUUUAGGGCUAUUGCAUUUCUUCCUUAAUUUAUUGUUCUAUGACAUUUUCCUUACUAUCUCUGCUUUGGAAUGGUGGUUUGUUCUAAUACAGUAGUUGCAUUGUUUACUGAUUUUGUUUUGUUUUGUCUUUUACCCUUGUUUUAUUGGAUUUUUUUUAUUUUUGUAUAUAUAUUUUAAAUAAAAUAUUACUGUUUUGUUUGUAUGUCACCCCGAAAGCUAUUGUUACUGGGCAGCAGGAAAAGGAUAUAAAGAAUUUUCUUUCCUAUCUAAGUUGGUGGGAAAUUUCAAAUCUUUCCUUCUUUUUCUUUCUCCUGACAAGUAAGCGAUUGGAUUAUGUCAACCAUGCUAGGAGGCUGGCAGAGGAUGAUUGGACAGGCACCGAGGAGGAGGAGAAGGAGAAGGAGAAGGAGGGGGCAGGUGCAGACAGUGCAGACAUGGAGAUGGAAGUCGGGACGAAGCUACCAAAACGCUACGCCAACCAGGUGAGGGGGACUGGUAGCAGAGAGGAAAACUGAGCAAGGGGAAAACUGGGCUCCAAAUAGAAGCCAGCCCUUGUUGCUUUUGUGUAUAUGAGGUAUCAUUCUGAUUAUUUCCCUCCUGGGACAUAAUUUUCCCCAGAGACUUAUUUGUUAGCAAAAUGUGAAUUCAAGUUUCUGGCUCUUUAGAGUGGAGGCAGGAGGCUGUAGACUUGUGGAGAGAGGAGCUAAGCCAAAAGUGUCUCUGAAAAGCGCUUUUCUUAUCCCUAAUUUGCUUCCUGUGUUUCUUAUUUAUAAAUUCCUUGAUAAUCUUUGGAGAGUGAUUUGUCUUGACCCUUCUGGUGUAUUUGCAACUGUAGGAGACUUUUUACAAUCCCAAUCAAACCAAUUAGUUUGGUGUUGGAAUGAACUAGAUUUGUACCUCCCUUGGACAAUGCAUGGUUUCAGUUCCUCUAUCAUUUGCUGAUACGGUCCUAAUUAAUAUGUUAGGUGCAUUCAUAUAGUCAGCAUAGACUUUCACACUAUAUUUUAAAUCCAGGUUGUGAACAAUUUUUCCUUUCUUUAGGGAAGGAAAUAUUUUCAUGUCAUUUGCCAUUGGUUUUUAAUGCUAUUCUAUAUUGUGUUGUAAGCUCUCCAGGAAAUGUUUAUUGAUGAAUGACUAUAAAUCCAACACCAUUUAAUGUGUUUGUGACCAAGCAGAGGUAGAAUAUACUGGAAUAUACUGUUAAUAUACUGUUAUAUUGCUCCUUGUAUAUAACUACCGUAGGGUUUUAAAUAGGAUUUUUGGACAGUUUUCUUUUGGAAUUGCUGGAAAGAAAUUUGCCAAGUAUUGAUUGUUAGGGAUAAAUUGUGCUCUGUUUGCUCUAGGUGCCCUGAAAAUCAGACAAAAAAUUCUAGUAUAUUGGGGGUCACAUGUGCUAGACUAUAACUUUCUCAAUCUGGUAUUUUGUAGUAAUCAAGCUUUUUUUAGCAAAUAAGUUUGUCUGACUGAUUAUAAAUCUAAGAAAUAAUAACCACCAUUAAGAGAGUGGGUUGGGGUUUUUUUUGUAUAGUUGGUACAAUGUUAAUAGAUUUUGGGUUAUAUCGAAUCCUAAGAAUACUUGGAGGAAAUCCAUUGAAAUUAAUGGACAUGACUAACUUGAGUACAUUCAUGUCAGUGGAUCUCCUCUGAGUAGAACUUGGUUGACUACAACCUUAUUUGAUUUUUCUCCUUUGUGGCUUUGAGUACAAGCAAUGGAAUUAUGGUCAUCUGGGAGCAUUAUAGAAAGAGAAAGUGGAACCGCAGAGGGCCACAGAUUCAGGCUAUGUACACACCAUACAUUUAAAACCCUGGGAACUGUAGUUUGCCUCUCACAGAACUCCUAGGACCUUUAGCAAACUACAUUUCCCAUUGUUCUUUUUGGAGUUAAGGGGGAUGUUCUUUAAAUGUAUGGUGUUUAUACAGCUUGAAAGUUGUAACUGAAACUGAGAUCCAGUUGAGAUUUCUGCAUUGCAAGGGUUGGACUAGAUGACCCUGAGGACCCUUUCAACUCUACGGUUCUAUGCUUAAUUAAAGAGUUUACUCAUGUACAAUGGUCAACCUAGGGAAAGUGGGAAAAUAAACAUAAAGAAUAAACUACUUGAGGGAUGACCCUUAUGUGAUAUUAAUGUGACUAUUUCUCAUUUAUUGAUUUUAUUUCAUUUAUGAGUCUCCUAAUAAAAAAUAGUCUCCAGAUGACUUACAAAAAUGCAGGGUUGUUUGCUUUUUUAAAACUAAAAUGAAAAUCAAACCCUGCAUUUUAAAUUAUCCUAAUCAUUACUGUGAGUUCUGAAGUAAUUUAGCAAGAAAGAACCACAAAAAGGGAAUGAUAUAAUACUCAGUGUAAUAAAUAGGAAAGGAAUUUUUAAAAAGUCAUAUGAAAAUGAUAGCAAAAGCCCACAAACCACGAGGACAAAGCUAGUCUCCCCCUACGGAUGGUUCCAUCCUCAAAUCCCUCUAGCCUCUAGCCCUGCGACAUAAGAGUUCCUGGGAUGCUGAAGUUUCAUGGCAACUUUGAAGCAACAAAGCAUUUUAAAUUUGAAGAGUCCUUCAUAGUUGCCAGUGCAGGGCUUACUCAGUGAGCCCUUGGGGUGAAGGCGAAAGGGAAGCCUUGGUUGGCUUUACUAUGAGGGCUGUUGAGGGCCUUCGACUUACUUUGUUUGCUUAGUUUUCUAGGGACAAAUGCAGCCAGAGUUCUUUAAGUUUUAUACCCUAAUUCCACUGGUUUGGGAAGCACGUUCUGUUUCAAUGCUGUCCAUAAGCAGGUGCCAGCUUGUUAUGGCUUUCUCUGCAAAAGCAGGCCUUUGCUGAGCGAUAAGCUUUCUCUUUCUCCCUUCUUGCCAGCCAGCCAAGGAAGUGGCUUAGAGCAGCCUUCCUCAAACUCAGCCCUCCAGAUGUUAUUGGCCUACAACUCCCAUGAUCCCUAGGUAGCAGAACCAGUGGUCUGGCAUGAUGGGAAUUGUAGUCUCUGGUGGGCUGAGUUUGAGGAAUCCUGGCUUAGAGCUACAGCAGUAGGCAGGAAUUGUUAUUUUAGGGGGAGAAACUUAAUUUUUGUACAUUUCUUCAGUGAGGGAUCUUAAAAAUAUGGUUUUGGGUGUGAGUUCACACUUGCAAUUAUUUUUCUGAUUGGAAAACAUUUAGCUUAGUAAGUCUACCUUUGAUUAAGAAGCAUAUAAACAGCUUUCAGAAAAUGAAAGACUUUUACUUUUACCUUCUGAAAAGUGAUUAAUAACAACAACAAUAAUAAUGAAUAAUAAAACUUCAAGCACUUGGCAAUCAUUUUUUUGUUUUCUAUGCAAUUUUACACAUAUUUUACUUACCAAUCAGUCAAUCUUAUCAAUCAAUCAAUCAAUGAAUCUUAUCAAUCAGUUUUACCAAAGUAUCUUUAGAAUUCCUGAGCCACAUUGCAACUUUUUAGCACCCCUCAUUCUUGGAAUUUGAAACUUCAACACUCCUGACCACAGCAGCUUCCUCCAUCUCAAACCCCAAGAGGUGCCUAGAGCUCUGUGGUUUGCUUCAUUGUGGCAGCUCUGGGGUUUGCUGCAUCUAGUGGCUCUUUGGGCCAGGAUUAAUAAAAAUAAAGAGGAACAGAGAAGGUAUCCUCAGAUCAUCAAUCCAGUGCUGGCUCAGUACUGACUGGGUUGCCAGGCUCUUGGGCGGAAGUCCUUUCCAGGGGAGACUGAACCUGAGGCCUCCUGCAUGCUAAGCAAGUGCUCUGCCGCUGGGUUAUGGCCAUCUCAUAGCCUUGACAGCUGUUCAGGCCUGGCUUUAACCAGUAAGGUUUCUGGUUGCAUUUCUCCUUCUGCACCACGCUUUCCCAGCCUGGUGCCACCACGUUUUUCCAGCUGCAUCUCCCAUCAUCCCUGACCAUUGGCCAUGCUGCUUGGGGCUGAUGGGAGUGGUAGUCCUACAGUGUCUGGCAGGCACCAGGCCAGGGAAGGCUGUGACAUUUGCCGUUUUCCCCAGUGCUACAAGUGAACAAUUUUCUUUACUGCCUUUGUAGCUGAUGCUGUCUGAAUGGCUGAUUGACGUGCCCCCAGAUUUGGUGCAGGAGUGGCUGCUGGUGGUGUGCCCUGUGGGGAAGAGGGCUCUUAUUGUGGCAUCUCAGGUAAGAGACCGUGGCUUCUACCACAAGCCAAACCAAGGAAGAGUUUUUAUCUUGCUGCUUUGUAAAUUGUCUUCCUGCCGCAUUCUAAUAGCUUGGCAAGCUGGGGUUGAGGAACCUUUGAAAUCAGGCAACUCUCGCGUCCGUGUCCAAAGGCUUAUUGCAUGUGAAACUCCUCCAAGACUACGAAAUGGAUCUGUUCCAUCUCGCCCCAUCUGAACAAGCUGCAUUUUAACAGAGCUUAACAGAGCAUUUUUUUUAAUUUUAAAAAAACACACUCCAUUUUAAAAAGUAUUUUGAUGAUUUCUAAGAACUUGUUUUCCAUGCUGCUUCUUAUCUCCUGUUUUGUUGAUAGGUUUGUUUAAUUGUGCAUUGUGUUUGUGGCCUUUAACAUUUUUGUGAUCCCAGCCUUGUUUUUAACAACUUGCAUGAUCACUGUAGGUGACAAAGAAUUCCAUAUAGGUGAGUCAGCAAGCUGGCGGAGGGAGGAGCCAAUCUCCCCAUCCUUCCUCCAGCAUCCAUUUGGCAUCUGUUGGCAUGGCUUGCCAGGAAUGGCCUGGCAGGCCAGAGUUGGCCCAUGGGCUAGAGGUCCCCCACUCCUGCUGUUAAAAAAACAUAAUUUUCUCUUAAUAUGUUUCUUUUUUAAAAAAGAAAUGAGAGCAGCCAUCACUGCAAUGAGUUUCAACAGUAAUACAGUUCCAAGGUACAGUCUCAAGUAAUGGUCUUCAACUGGUGGGGAAGGACCCACUAGUGGGUUACAGCCUGAUCCAAAGUGGGUCGCAAUAGGAGUACUACCACCAUGCAAAUAUAUGGUAAAAAGAUUAAGAAAUGGGUCCCCAAAUGCAUAUUUGGGUUGAAAGUGGGUCCUGAGUGUGAAAAGGUUGAAGCUAGCUGGUCUAAAGGCACAUGAGGCUAAAGCUAAGCAGUUCUGGGUCUGAACAGGCGGUUGUCUGAAAACCUGAAGGAGCGUCUCCACCCCCAUCGUUCAGCCUAGACACUGAGAUCCAGCGCCGAGGGCCUUCUGGCAGUUCCCUCACCGCGCGAGAAGCGAAGCUACAGGGAACCAGGCAGAGGGCCUUCUUGGGAGUCAUGCCAGUCCUGUGGAAUGCCCUCCCACCAGAUGUCAAGGAGAUAAAUAACUAUCUGGCUUAUAGAAGACAUCUAAAGGCAGCCCUGUAUAGGGAAGCCUUUUGAUGUGUAAUGUUUUGUUAAGUUUUUAUAUAUGUUAGAAGCAACCCAUAGUGCCUGCAGCAACCCAGUCAGAUGGGUGGGGUACAAUUAUUCUUCUUGUUACUAUUAUUAUUAUUAUUAUUAUUACUACUACUACUACUACUACUACCAUAUGCAAUACUGCCUUGGGCUCCACAAUGGAAGAAAAGGAAGGAUAUAAACAUAAUAAAAUAUAUGUGGGGUUUGGGGGCCUCCCCCCCCGCUCUACUUGGAAUAUACAAUUUAGGAAGUCCUUUUACAGUGGGGGGGGGGAAUCACUCUUGUUUGUUCUUGAUCCCUUCCUCCUCCUCCCUCUCUUCUCUCCUUCAAGGGCUCCACUGCAGCUUACACCAAAAGCGGUUUCUGUGUCAACCGAUUCCCUUCUCUUUUGCCAGGUGGGAGUCGCCGUACUUCAGCAACAGGGAAAGGUAACUUCUUGAUUCCCCUCCCUUUUUGCAAUCUCCCAAUGGGCAAAGAUCUGCUUGAAAGAGACACUCCAGGUCCUUACUCAAAACCAACUUCCGUGUACCAUUCAUUACCCACCUUCCAUGGGUUUUUUCUUUUCUUUUUGCCAUUGCUUGAGCGAUAAGUCAUUAGCUAUAACAGGUAUUGUUUGGAACAAGAACAUCAUUCUGGGCAAUAUAUUAAUCUUUAUCGCUGAAAUUCUACCCAACAAGGACAGUUAUAAUUUAUUCCAUCUUAACAUCUCUUUUUAAAUUUCCACCCACGUCUUAACAUAAUUAUUUUGAAACAACAUACAAUUCAAAUUUCUCAUGGUUAAUACCUAAGUACUUUACUUUUUUGUCAAUUUGAAAUUCAGUUUUCUCUGUCAAAGUCUUGUUCUUCUGUAGUCAUAUUCUUUAUUAAAAUUUUCAUUUUCUAAUGAUUAACCUUAAAACUUGCUAGCAUGCCAAAUUCCUUUAAUUUAUUCAUAAGAGUUUCCACUCCCUGUAAUGGGUUUUCCAGAACUAUCAUCAGAUCAUCUGCAAAACUCCUAACGUAGUUUCCCUUUUUAAUCUUUAUCCCCUUAAUUCUCUCAUCUUGUCUAAUAUCUCUAAGCAAGACUUCCAAAACCAAAAUGAAAAGCAAUGGUGACAGUUGGCACCCUUGCCUUGUUCCCUUCUGUAUCUCACAAGGUUUUGUUAAUUCUCCUUUAACAAUUAUGUGAGCUGUCUUCUGCUUAAUAAAUCAAUUUCACCCAUUUAAUGAAAUCUCCAAAGUUCAUUUCUUGCAAAGCUCUAAACAGAAAUUCCCAGUUCACAAUGUCAAAAGCUUUUUCUGUAUCCCAAAAAAUCAAUACAGCUUCUUGUUCUGACAGUUCAAAUACUCCAAAAUAUCUAACAUAUUUCUGACAUUGUCUCUUAACUGUCUUUUAGGUAAAAAUCUAUAAAUAAAUCUAUUAAAAAAAAUUAUACAUCAUGACCAGUCUUGUAAAAAAAAAAAAAAACUUGCUGCCAAAAUCACUCCAAAUAAUUUAUAGUCACUGUUCAGUAAUAAGAUUGGCUGAUAUUUUUUUACUGAGGUCAAAUCUUGUCCCUCUUUAGGUAUAAGUGGGAUGUUGGCCUCUUUUUAGCUAUCUGGUAUAUGAGUAUAUUAUUCAUUGUCCUCGUUGUAAGGGUUGUAGAAGUUCUUCAAAAAAUUGAUAGUUAGCAGCUGGCCGCUGUACCUUUUCUUUCUUGGAUUUUUUAAUAGCCUCGCAUAACACCUGAAUUGUUAAAGGGCCAUUGAUUUUUAUUUAUCUAUUUUUGGGAGAGUCUGAGAUUUUGGCUGGAUGUUGUUUUUUCAAGUAAUCAUCUAUCCGACCCUGCCCCCCCCCCCAAGAUUCUUUGAGCUUUAUACAGCUUAGAGUAAAUUUGAUCAAAGUUUCUUCAUAUUUGUAUUGUUCAUUGUUAUAACAUUGUUUUCUUGCAACUUCAGGAUCACUUUCCUUAGUUUGGCUGAAUUAACUAAAGCAAAUAGUUUUAACUGGAUUUUAAAUGUGCAAUUAUUCGUUCCUAUUUUGAAUUUUGCCUGUUGUCUUUGUCCAUGGAGUUUUCUUGGCAGGGAUACUGGAGUGGCUUGCCGGUUCCUCCUCCAGGUGGAUCACGUUUGGUCAAAACUCUCCACUAUGACCUGUUCAUCUUGGGUGCCCUGCUCGGCAUAGUUCAUAGCUUCUCUGAGUUAUUCAAGCCCCUUCGCCACGGCAACUUCGCCACAGAAGUGCCUGGCGUGCUCUGGUCCAUGGGGUCACAAAGAGUCGGACACGACUAAACGACUAAACAACAACAAAAUUUUGAAUUUUAUUGUGUAAUUCUCUUCUUUAGUGGUUGUGCAAACAACUAUUCUGAAUAAUGCCUGUUAUAGGGUAGGGAGCACUGGGUAUAAGUGUAUGGAAGCAAGGGACAGUGGCCCAAAGAAGUUUGGGAACCACUGGCCGAGAUUAAUCUCUUGCCUCUUGUUGUGUGAAGAAUACACAAUCCUGGACUGCAUCUACAGCGAGGCCCAGCAGAUGUACUACAUCCUCGAUGUGAUGUGUUGGCGGGGACACCCUGUGUACGACUGCCAGGUACCUUUUUGCCUCUGGCCCUGCCACUGGCUUGCAUCCCUGGCAGCUGUUUCCUCCUCUCUGUUCCCUUUCUGAGACACUUCCUGGAUUCUGCUAAAACUCACCUGUAAUGGUGUUUUUAGAGAUGUUGCCCCAUAGUUAAAUUUUAUUUUUUUUUAUUUAAUGGGGGGCAUAUAAGAGGUAAAACAAUUCUGGGAGCAAAGUAGACCCAAGCCAUUAUGGGACUUAAAUACUAAUAGUGACACCUUGAACAUGGCCCAGUAACAAAUUGGCAGCCAGUGCAGAUCUCUAAGCAGAGGUGUUAAUACGCUGACAGGGCCUCGCUCCUGUCAGCAACCAUGCUGCAGCAUUCUGCGCUGGCUGCAGCUUCCAGUGUUCAGCUGACUGCGGUUUUUGGCAUGGCGACCAAGACUAGCCCUAAAUAGUGGAUCCCUGUUUGUCUUGGCCACCUCUCCAUAUACUUUCUUUUAAUCUAUAACCAACAAAAGAGCUUAGCAAGAUAAGGGAUUCUGUUGAAGUCAUGAUAGUUUGCUUCACAAUCCAGAGCAGAAGCAGUUGCUCUGCUUCUACAAAGCUUCUGUGUUGCCUCCUUUUGGGGUUGUUCCAUGCGGAGCUCAUAGAAAUUCAGAUGGAUUUCCCAUAUUCAGGGCAGAGCUCUUGAGGCUGCUGCUUAUCAUUUAGUCCCCUAACAUGACCUUCCUGGCCAGCAUGGUGUAGUGGUUAAGAGCGGUAGACUCGUAAUCUGGUGAACCUGGUUUGCUUCCCCGCUCCUCCACAUGCAGCUGCUGGUGACCUUGGUCCAGUCACACUUCUCUGAAGUCUCUCACCUCACAGAGUGUUUGUUGUGGGCGAGGAAGGGAAAGGAGAUUGUUAGCUGCUUUGAGACUCCUUAAGGGGAGUGAAAGGUGGGAUAUCAAGUCCAAACUCCUUCUCCUCCUCUCUUUUUCCCCCCCAGACAGACUUCAGGUUCUAUUGGCUGCAUUCAAAAAUGCAGGAAGAAGAUGGCCUGGGAAAGAAAAGCCGGCUUAAUCCAGUAAGUCCUUUUUGCCCAGAAGUGUGGAUGUUCUAGACAAGUGAGACCUGCAAGGAAAUAAUCUGCUGUGAAGUCUUCCUGUUCAGGGCCCCCUUACAGGAUACUCCAUUCCAUUUACCCUCCCAAUCCCUGGUGUUCUGUCCUGUUCCCCCCUCCCCUUCCACCAGCCAGCAUGCUCAGCCUUCAAUCUGCUUUUUUUUUUUUUUUGCGGUGCAGGGUGUUCUUCCCUAAAUAUUUUUUAAUUAUUAUUUUUUGUGUGGGUGCUUCUGCAUACCUUUGGGUUUACCCGCAAACUCGCUGAUGCCUUCUCCUUGUGCUUGGGUGCUGUUGGUUUUGGAUGCGCAAGGGCUGGCAGGCACAUGGAGAAUAGAGUUUGCUGUGGCAAUAUAUCGGAGGGGAAACUUUCUCAGGUUAAGGGCCACAUUCCCUUCUGGGCAGCUUUCUGAGGGCCACAUGCUGCUGGUGGGCAGGGCCAGAGGCAACAGUGUGCAGAGAACAAAGCUAUAGACUUCGCUUUUGCACCAUGUGCUAGCUUCUACACAGGAUCAUCCACCCUUCUUUGUCAUUUGCGACCCUUCCCCUCUGCGGGGAGGUGGGACCGAUUCGGAUGAUCUGCCCUCGCCACUUAAUGGAUCCAAAUGGUUUCCAGAGAGUGGCAGGGGAUGCUUUAUCCCAUGUUGAUGGCCUUUCAGUUGAUUCCCUGGUGGCCUGCUGGAAUGUGGAGUUAACCGGGGCUAUUGACUGUUUAGCUCCGAAGCGCCCUCUCUGAUUGCAUGGAGCCCAGACAGCCCCAUGGUUUUCCACAGAUUUGAGGGCAAUGAAACAAUCGCUGUGAUGGCAAGAGUGCUGGUGACGGAGAACUCAUUCUGAAGCUGACCGGACACGGGUUAGAGCUCAAUGUCGAGCCUACCAAGUGGCGGUAGCGACGGUGAAGAAGACUUUCUUCACCGCCUCUAUUGCAUCUGCAGAAAACAGCAGCAAGAGACUCUUUCAUGUGGUUCGCAAUUUAGCGGAACAACCUGCUACAUCGGGGCCCAGUACGGGCCACAAGAUUUCCUGCAAUGAUUUUGCAAAGUUUUUUGCAGAUAAAGUCGCUCAGAUUCGGGAAGAAGUAGACUCCACCGUGGGAGCAGGGCCGGAGCGGGAGAGUGCUAGAGUCCUGUCUAGUCAAGUUGUGUGGGAUCAAUUCCAAUCUGUUACCCCCGAGGAUGUGGACAGGCUGCUUGGAUGAGUCAAACCAACCACCUGUCUCCUUGAUCCUUGCCCAUCCUGGCUUAUAAAAGCUAGCCGGGAAGGGCUGGGCGAUGGGAUUCGUGGGGUGGUAAAUGCUUCUCUCUGUGAGGGAGCCUUACCAGAUUUGCUGAAAGAGGUGGUUAUUAAACCCCUUCUUAAAAUACCAUCUUUAGAUGCGGCCAAUAUGGCCAACUAUCGCCCAGUUUCAAAUCUUCCAUUCUUGGGCAAGGUGAUUGAGCGAGUGGUUGCUGAACAACUCCAGGCACGCCUGGAAGAAGCGGACCAUUUGGAUCCCUUCCAGUUGGGAAUCAGGCCUCAUCAUGGGAUUGAAACUGCCUUGGUCGCACUGGUCGAUGAUCUCCAGAGGCAGGCUAGGGACAAAAGUGAGAGCUGUUUCCUAGUUCUGCUGGAUCUCUCAGCGGCAUUUGAUACCAUCGACCAUAACAUCCUUCUGGAUCGUCUAGAGGAGCUGGGAGCUGGGGGCACUGUUAUACAGUGGUUCCGUGCCUGCCUCCUGGGCUGUGUCCAGAAAGUGGUGUUGGGGGAUGAGUGUUCAGACCCCUGGGCUCUCACUUGUGGGCUGCCUCAGGAUUCUGUGCUCUCCCCCCAUGCUUUUCAACAUCUACAUGCAGCUGCAGGGAGAGAUCAUCAGGGGGUUUGUAUUGGGUGUUCAUCAAUAUGUGGAUGAUACCCAGCUCUACUUCUCUUUCAAAUAAGAACCAGUGACGGCGGUGGAUGUCCUGUGUGAGUGUCUGGAGGCAGUUGGAGGAUGGAUGGAUGGCAGCUAACAGACAGAAGUACUGUUUUGGGGGGACAGGAGGCGAGCGGGUGUGGAGGACUCCCUGGUCUUGAAUGGGGUAACUGUGCCCCUGAAGGACCAGGUGCGCAGCCUCAGAGUUGUUUUGGACUCACAGCUGUCCAUGGAGGCGCAGGUCAAUUCUGUGUACAGGGCAGCUGUUUACCAGCUCCAUCUGGUAUGCAGGCUGAGACCCUAUCUGCCCGCAGACUGCCUCGCCAGAGUGGUGCAUGCUCUGGUUAUCUCCCGCUUGGACUACUGCAAUGCGCUCUACGUGGGGCUACCUUUGAAAGUGACCCGGAAACUACAACUAAUCCAGAAUGUGGCAGCUAGACAGGUGACUGCAUCAAUAGGAGUAUAGCAUCUAGAUCAAGGGAAGUAAUAGUGCCACUGUAUUCUGCUCUGGUCAGACCUCACCUGGAGUACUGUGUCCAGUUCUGGGCACCACAGUUCAAGAAGGACACUGACAAACUGGAACGUGUCCAGAGGAGGGCAACCAAAAUGGUCAAAGGCCUGGAAACGAUGCCUUAUGAGGAAGGGCUAAGGGAGCUGGGCAUGUUUAGCCUGGAGAAGAGGAGGUUAAGGGGUGAUAUGAUAGCCAUGUUCAAAUAUAUAAAAGGAUGUCACAUAGAGGAGGGAGAAAGGUUGUUUUCUGCUGCUCCAGAGAAGCGGACACGGAGCAAUGGAUCCAAACUACAAGAAAGAAGAUUCCACCUAAACAUUAGGAAGAACUUCCUGACAGUAAGAGCUGUUUGACAGUGGAAUUUGCUGCCAAGGAGUGUGGUGGAGUCUCCUUCUUUGGAGGUCUUUAAGCAGAGGCUUGACAACCAUAUGUCAGGAGUGCUCUGAUGGUGUUUCCUGCUUGGCAGGGGGUUGGACUCGAUGGCCCUUGUGGUCUCUUCCAAUGCUAUGAUUCUAUGAUUCUAUGACUGGAAGUGGCCGCCGAGACCAUAUAACACUGGUCUUGAAAGACCUACAUUGGCUCCCAGUACGUUUCCGAGCACAAUUCAAAGUGUUGGUGCUGACCUUUAAAGCCCUAAAUGGAAGCCGCCCAGAGUGGCUGGGGAAGCCCAGCCAGAUGGGCGGGGUAUAAAUAAUCUAUUAUUAUUAUUAUUAUUAUUAUUAUUAUUAUUAUUAUUAUCCAUCCAGACAAGCAAGAGGCGGGAUCAGAGUUCAAGGACACAUUGCAGCCAGGAAAAAACACUCUGGGUACAAAGCAGAAACAGUGAGGGGAAUGGCCUGGGGGGACUUCUGGGGGCCAGGCAGGAGGGCUAAAUGUUUAUUACUAGUAGUAGUAUUAUUUCCAGUUGCUGAGCAGCUGCCAGCCAGCAAUGCAGCAGCCUAGUUGCAAGGUAUACAAUUUUGUUCUCUUCUCAUUGCAAAGAAGAAAUUAAACAUCUAUAAAGCAGCUCCUCUGGCUACAGGUCUGGGAAGGAUUUGGCCCCCUGCCUGAGGUUCCCCACCCCAGUGUAUAUGAUGUAGAUCAAUUCAGUAAAGAAUUGCUUAUCCUGGACCUGCCAAUCUUGGACACAGUAACAUCUCCCAAUGGUGAAAUAUCACCUUCCGGGCAUAAGGCAACCCUUCCGGAAGAUUAAAUUGUGUGUGCCUCCUUCCUUACUAUUUGGGUGUUAGCUGACUUCCUCCCUGCUUUUAAUCUCUCUGUUACAAAGGCAGAUGUAAACAGAAACCACCUACCUUCUUUUGGGGGGGGCGUUCUCCUGGUGCCUAUACUGUGGGCAGGAGAAGCUGGCAGGGGCAGAAUCUGUCUGCCUUCUGUACAGGGAAACUUUAGCAAAUAGCACAUCUCUCCAGGUUUCAGUUUGUAGAAGGCUUUGAUGAAGAAAAGGAACACUGCUUGAUUUGACCCACAGUGUGCUAAAGAGCCCCUUAGAACAGUAGUCUCAGGUGGAUGACUUUUAUGUUUGAAGGACUAACACAUGGGUAGGCAAACUAAGGCCCAGGGGCCGGAUCCAGCCCAAUUGCCUUCUCAAUCCGGCCUGCAGAUGGUCCGGGAAUCAGCAUGUGAGUAGAAUGUGUCCUUUUAUUGAAAAUGCAUCUCUGGGUUAUUUGUGGGGCAUAGGAAUUCGUUCAUUUCCCCCCCUCCAAAAUAUAGUCCAGCCCCCCAUAAGAUCUGAGGGACAGUGGACUGGCCCCCUGCUGAAAAAGUUUGCUGACCCCUGGACUAAUUGCUGCAACAAAAUGCUGCAGCAUAGGGUGCUCCUCUUCAGGAUUCCUGCCAGCUAUGCUCUUUCUUGGACACUCCAACCCCCACUUUUCUCUGGUUUACACACACAAAGAUACGGUUUCCCCCUUGUAACCACACAGGGCUUCUGGUCUGGAAAGAUUUCAGAAAUGGCUCUUGGGAUUUUCCUCUCAACUGCCAGCUGACUGCUUCUCUGGGAAACUUUGGAGAGCUGAACACCAUUUAAAGGCUUGUUGAAGAAAGAAAUGUGGGUCCCCAACUCCAUGUGUAUGUUCUGUGUCUAACACCCAUCCUCACCAUCUAUUUAUUUUAUAGCAGUGUAUAAAUUAAAUUAUUAUUAAUAAUAAUAAUAAUAGCAACAACAACAAUAACCAUCAUAAUGCUGGCUGGGCUGGUGGGAGUGGGAGUCCAAGCCCAUCUGGAUGGGGAACCUGUGGCCCUCCAGCCACAUAGCCCAUGGCUCAGCCACAGGUUAUCAGAAGGCUCUCCAGUGGGAGAGCUGGGUCCCUCUGGCAUGCCCCCUGGUUCUUCAACACAGGCUGCUCCUCUAAGAUGCUUUGCUGUGGGAGCUCCAGGUCACCCACCAAAGAGGAUUCCUCCAGUGAGGGGAGCAUAGCCCUUUCCUUGUGGGCAGCAGCCUUCUCAGCAACAGGGAUUCAGAGAUACACUGCCUCUGAAUCUGGAGGUUCCAUUCAGCCAUUGAGAGAUGAAUGGGAGAGUCUCAGAUGUGAGCACUUGUAGUUCUGAUCUUUCUUUUUUUUUCUUUUUCUUCCCUUUCAGUUUAAAUUUGUGGGACUGCAGAGUUAUUCCUGCACACCGGAAAGCCUGUGCAAGGUUCUGGCCACAGAUUUCCCCUUUGAGGUAAGUCAUCUGUUGGCACCACAGCUCUGUCUCUUUCAACCCUAAGACUUGUAUUCCUGGUGGAGAAGACCCCCCAAAGAACCUGGAGAGUAGGAGCCCCAGGGGCAACAGGUUCCAGCUAAGCAAUACUGCUUACUGCCCCCCCCCAAUUAAUAAAGUUUACAGGACCAAUAAAAAAGUAUUUCUUCAUGCAGCACAUAGUUAAGCAAUGGAACUUGCUCCCACAGAAGGCAGUGAUGGCCACCAAUUUGGAUGGCUUUAAGGAGGAUGCAAAAGAUUACCCGGGAGGGACUGCAGGCCUUGGACUGAAAAAGCCCUCAACCCCUUGCUUGAUGCAGACAGCCCAGAGCUGUGAUUGGGCACCCCCAAGUAUGGCUUCCAGCCUGUGCUUGACCGUCCAAGCGAGGGAGAGCCAGCAUGCCCCCAAGGGGAGUCGGCUCUGAUGUCCUGCUGCUGUUACAGUUUCAGAGUUUUGUCCAAUGUUCUGCUGAAAUUGCCUUCCUUUAACUUAAGCCCCAAAGAUCUGACCCUGUCCUUUUGAGGGAGCAGAGAACGUGUGUGCCACAAAUAUUCGGAUUAGCAGGAAGGAAGAGAAAUGGGCCAGUACCAUGUGGAUGGGGAGCAGAUGGCAGCUGUCAGUCACUCGCGAACAUGGCUGGGGCUGGUACUGGCACAGGCAUCGGCUACAGCUCAGGAGGUGGCUUUUAUGCUGUUGCCCUCUAGAAGCACUCAUUCUCUCCACUGGACCAAACUGUUAAGAAGCAUUAGAAAGAACUUUCUGAUGGUAACAGCUGUUUGGCAGUGGAACAGACUACUUCAGAAGGUGGUGAACUCUUCUUUAUCGGAAGUUUUUAAAAAGAGGUUGGGUGCUCUUCUGUUGGAGAUUACUUAGCUGCUGUCAUGAGAGCCUUUGGGGGGCUUAAGAGUGAGUAAAACAGUUCUCUAAGCAAAUGAGUAAAUAAGGCCAUCAGUCGUUGCUGUCAUGAUGGUUCUAUGCCCCGUCCAGGUUUAGAGAACAGAAGCACUAAGAGGAGUCUGCUGGAUCCGGCCCAUGGGGGCCCCUCUAGGCCAGUAUCCUGUUCCCACAGUGGCCAGCCAGAUGUCUGUGGGGAACCUGCAAGUGGGAUUCAAGCAUUUGAGUCCCCUCCCCUCGUAUGAUCUCUACCAAAUGGCAUUCACCACCCUAAAACCUCCAGGUAUAGGGUGGUAUAUAAAUAAAAUAAAAAUCCAGAAGCAUGGCUGCCUCCGACCAUGGAGGCAGAACAUAGCCAUGGUGACUAGGAGCCAUCAUCAGCUCUCUCCAUGAAUUUAUCUAGUCCUCUUUUAACCAGGCAAGUUGGUGGUCAUCACUGCAUUUUGUGGGAGUGAGUUCCAUGGUUUAACUCUGCACUGUGCACAGAUGGACUUCCUUUUAUCUGUCCUGAAUCUUCCAGCACUCAGAGGGAGCAGGCUCUGGAUACCAGUCUGUGGGGACCUCAGGUGAAGAGGGCCGUUGCCCUGACAGGCUUCCCAGAGGCAUCAGGUUAGGAAGUGGAAAUGUGUUGGAUUUGCUUACAGACUCCAUGCUGUUGUUGUGCAAGAGGGCUUAACAACUUGUUUGUGCCACAUGUUGGAACCAGACGUUCCGAGUCUGCCUGUCCUCCAGCUCCCUCCCUUCAGAUCACAUUCUUCCUUUCUGACCGAGUCUCAGGGAAUCAAACAUCCUUUCCCUCCCCUCUUGCUUGCAAGGAGAGGCAAGCAGGAGGAAGCCUAUUUUCCUCCUCCUCCUCCUGCUGCUGCUGCUGCUAGUGAAAGAAAGUUAAACAAUAAGAGAUGCAGCUCUGGAGACCUUCUCUUAAGAACCAAAGCAGAGCUUCUGCUGGAUCCGGCCAAAGGGGUCCAGCUGGUCCAGCCUCCUGUUCUCACAGCGGCCAACCGGAUGCCCCCAAGGAAACCUGCAAGCGGGAUUUGAGCACAAGAGCAGCCGUCUCCCCUCCUGUGGUCUCCCUGUUGCUCCAGCUUCAAGACGUAGCGCAGACGCCGGCUCACAGAGAGACUCACUGACUGGCCAAUGAGCUCAAGAACCUGGACCAUCAAUCGUCCCCUAUCUGCCUCAUUCUUUUUUAAAACCAUCCAGUUUGGUAGCCAUCACUGCUCCUGUGGGAGUUCCAUAGUUUAACUGUGUGCUGCUUCCAUGUACUUCCAUGUAAAAUGGAGCCCUCAAUGGCUCCAGCAACUGGCAGAGCUCAGAUCAGAAUGAUCCUCCAAAUCCAAGUGGAGAGUCUCCUGUUUCUGAGCAGCCCCCAGCCCCAGCUAUUGAACAUUGCAGAUUCUGACCAGGCUGGUGUGGCAGUAGCUGGAUUUGAGCAGUAUUUGGCAGGUCCCCGCUUUCCAAGCCGUCCUGGGACCAAAGGAGGUGCCGGAGUUACUGGCCAGGAUCCAAGGAAACUGCUGAGGAGUCCCUUGCAUGUUCUAACUGCUUGGCAGGGGGUUGGACUCGAUGACCCUUGUGGUCUCUUCCAACUCUAUGAUUCUAUGAAAUGCAGCUGUGCCAGUAGAACUUGGCCAAUGGAAGCCCAUUUUGACUACACACACUAACGGAGACUCCGUUCUUCCUCAUUUAAGUUUAGUGCAGCUAAGCCUAGCUUGGGAGCAAAGGCUCCUUUUUUGUUAAUGACUUGAUUCAGUAAUAUGAUGCUACACUUGGCUGUGUGGGUGACUUAUAGAUGUUGGAUAUCACAGCACUGCCCAACCUGCAAAGCAUGGUUUGGUGAUCUGGGAUUUCCUGCAAGCUCAAGUGGGCUCUGCCCCUUCCUUUUCCUUGGGGCACGUGCACUUGUUGGCUCAGUGGAACAUAGAAAGAAGCUGCUUUAUCCUGAUGAAUAGACCAUUUGUCCAUUUAACAUCAGGAUAAAGUAUUGUCUUCAUGCAGACUAGCAAUUUCAGACUAGCAUUGUCCUAAGCUCUAGCUGGAGAUUCAGAUGGUUCAAGACAUACAGACAGUUCUGGCCAGAUAAAAGAAAGGACUUCUUCACACAGAACAUGGUUAAGCUAUGGCACUCACUCCCACAGGAGGCAAGUUGGGUGGCUUUCAGAGGGGUUUGGGCAAAUUCAUGGAAGAGAAGACUAUCCAUGCCUCCUGGCCAUAAUGCCUCUGCUCUGCCUCCCCUGUCAGGCAGGAACGCUUCUGAAUGCCAGUUGCUGGAAACCACGGGGGGGGGGGGGGCUCUUACACUCAGGUUCUGCUUGCAGAUUUCCCACAGGCAUCUGGCUAGCCACUGGAGACAGGAUGCUGGAAACAGGUGAGUCAUUGGCCUGAUCCAGCAGGUGCUUCGUAUGUUGUAUGAAUGCUGGUAAUCUCUAGCUCCAGUUAGUUUAGGAAUGAUUAUGUUCCACUGGAGAGAGCCCGUUCCGUCGCAGCCAAGCCAUACCUCCCUCCUGUGAUAGGAACUGCCUGGUGUCUUCUGCAUCUGAACAAACUCAGCACCAUUUGCAUGAGAACAAAUUAGAUCCCUGACUUCUUUGUUAACAAGAAAUAAGCUUGGUACGUCUCUUUCGGGAAUGUGUAAUUAGUAAGAAAUGGUGUGGGGUCAUAGCUGGGAAAUUCCAGGCUAUAACAUGUCAUUCGGCCUGCUAUUUGCAUUGUUUGGCAGUGUAAGAAAGAAAGUACUCAUGGAUGAUGGACAGAUGAUGAUUUGUUACUAACGGCAGCCAGGCGGGCGAUUGACCAUAAGUGGAAACAGAGGGACCUGCCAUCACUGAGAAAUUGGAUGAGUGGGAUCUGGGAUGUGCAGUAAUGUUGAAGCUUGCAGAUAUUUUUAAACACAGACAGUAAAACAAGCAUUGUAGACUGCAAGCCCCAUCAUCCCCUGAGCAUUGGCCAUGGUGGUCAGAGCUGCUAGGAGUUAUAAUCUCACAGCAAUCUGUAGGUUGGGGAAAAGCUGUGACUUUUCCAGAGUACUGCAUGUAACAAGUCAAUGCAUCAGUUUUGUAGAGAAAUGCUCCAUGUUCAUGAUGCACCAAAAAUAGGUACAGGAUAAUACUCAGCCCUGUAGUUUAUCAAGAGUUGUGCAGUGCAUAUAAUUAGGAUAAUACAGAUAAUUAGGUUAUUUAUCCUACUUUCCCCCCUUCUCUAUCAUUUUGGAAACUUCUAAUUUCCAAGGAUGAUUAUUGUUCAGUGUAUGAUUGUGUUACUAUGUGUUUGAUUUUUCUCUCUGCAAAAAGAAAAAAACAAUGUUAGCACAAACCUGAGAAACAGACUAAAGUAAACACAGAGAAACAGGGCUGUUUCCAGAGUAAAUUAGGUCCCUGCGCAUGGAGGCAAAAUGGAGCCUCCCUAUCCAGAGGCAUUGUACCACUGAAAUACCUGUGGCUGAGUGAGCAACAGCAGGAAGGGACUUUCCCCCUCAUGUCCAGUUUGGAGGCUUCCUGAAGGUAGACGUGAUGGGCCUCUCACCUCAUAUCUGGCAGAACUCUUCUCGUGUCCUCUUGCAGCGUUUACUGCCCUGUGUCGGUUGCCCUGAGCCAUCCUGGCUUGAGAGCAGUACACACCUGGCUUGAGAGCAGUACAUGUGAAAAGGAUCUAGGAGUCUUGGUUGACCACAAACUUGACAUGAGCCAAGAGUGUGACGCGGCAGCUAAAAAAGCCAAUGCAAUUCUGGGCUGCAUCAAUAGGAGUAUAGCAUCUAGAUCAAGGGAAGUAAUAGUGCCACUGUAUUCUGCUCUGGUCAGACCUCACCUGGAGUACUGUGUCCAGUUCUGGGCACCACAGUUCAAGAAGGACACUGACAAACUGGAACGUGUCCAGAGGAGGGCAACCAAAAUGGUCAAAGGCCUGGAAACGAUGCCUUAUGAGGAAGGGCUAAGGGAGCUGGGCAUGUUUAGCCUGGAGAAGAGGAGGUUAAGGGGUGAUAUGAUAGCCAUGUUCAAAUAUAUAAAAGGAUGUCACAUAGAGGAGGGAGAAAGGUUGUUUUCUGCUGCUCCAGAGAAGCGGACACGGAGCAAUGGAUCCAAACUACAAGAAAGAAGAUUCCACCUAAACAUUAGGAAGAACUUCCUGACAGUAAGAGCUGUUUGACAGUGGAAUUUGCUGCCAAGGAGUGUGGUGGAGUCUCCUUCUUUGGAGGUCUUUAAGCAGAGGCUUGACAACCAUAUGUCAGGAGUGCUCUGAUGGUGUUUCCUGCUUGGCAGGGGGUUGGACUCGAUGGCCCUUGUGGUCUCUUCCAACUCUAUGAUUCUAUCCAAAAUUCUGGAACCUUUUCCCAGAACACCUCAGCAGUACUAGAUGACCGUCCUCUUUUGCUCCCAUUAAUACAGUAGUGUUCCCCAUUUUGCAGAGGGAGGGGCUGAGGCACAGAGUGUAGCCCAGGGUCCAAAGGGAACUGUUGCUCAGCCAGGCAAAGUCCUUGCCAGCAAGGCAAGCCGCUGGCGGAAAGGCAGUAAGGCAGGGGCUGAGGCUGUGGCUUUAUAAUGCUUGGCGGAACCUGAUUGGCCCCUGGGAAUCAGCUGAGAGUGUCAGCUGACUGAGCCCCAUAUUGUACUGCAACCUAGGUGGUGCUGUUGAGCAACACUGCUCGCUCUGUAAGGCAGGCAUAGGGGACCCUCCAAAUCGUGUUGGACUCCAGCUCCCAUGAGCUUCAGCCAGCAUGGUCAACCGUCAGGGAGGAUGGGAGCUACAGUCCAACAACAACUGAAGGGGCCAUGGACACCCCCCCACACACUGCCACAUCCCUACCUGCCUGGCUUUGGCGAUGGAAAUGUGUCUCUGAGGAGCCCCUUUUUAAAACAAAAGCACCCCCACCCACAGUUCCUUGGUUUGAGACCAGCAUCAUGUCUGGCUCUAAGCAUGCCUCACGCAUGGCCAUUUUGCUGCCACAGUUCGCAGCUCAGCUGCUUCUGUCUCGUCUAGAGAGUCUGGAACCUCUGGCUGUCCAGAGAGCAAAGUGCUGAUGCUACUCCUUGCCGGUCAGACCCCAGGCUCUUAGGCAAACAGUAACUUCAUCCAUCCUUCCUGAUUCAGCUGGCGUCAGUGCCGUGAGUCAGUGGGAAGGAGGCAGACGGUGCAUUAAAUAAACACGAGCAGCUUCACAGGAUGGAAUAAUCUGGGCUACUGAAAAGUGGAGAGGCUAUUAACAAAGGCAGCGCCUUUGAGCCUCCGGAUUCUGCUGCUCUCCGGGGACUUUCCCUAAAUGCCUUGAUCUUGGGGGGGGCACUGAGGCGGGAGAGUGUGGUUUGAUCCUCUUCCUUUUGGAGUGACCAAGUGGGAAACCCUUCAGUCUUCUUUUUUUAAAAAGCUAGGAGAGGGCAGGCAUUCCCCACUUUGGGAAGCUUUUUUCUUUGUUUGUGUCCCAAACAGUAUAAAUGGUAUGAAACUGAUUUAUGCACUUAGAAGGGUUGAAAGUGUCCAUCCUGGUAAUUCUCAUCAGCCAAGCCAGCUGGCUCCAGCUGUUGGGAGGUCCAGUGUGAAAUGGUGGUUGGAGAAGGCUGUGGUUGGGCAAGGUCGAAAAGCGCAUGGUACAGCCAGCCCCCAUCCUGAAAGCAAGCAGAUUUUGGUCUGGCCAGUGUCUGAACUGGAGAAGGGCUGGUAAUAUGAAUCAUGUAUAUACCAUCUUCCGUUCCAUAUGGGGGAUGCAGGAUAACCAUGCAGUCAUUAAACAAGUGUCCCCUUUAGUUUUGGACUGCAACCAGCAUGGGCUGGGGGCAUCAGAGUCCAAGAGCUGGAGGGUGCCAGCUGGGGAAGGCUGGCUUAAGACAUAGCUGUAUAGUUUUGACCUAAGGGGUGCAGGUACUGAAUUCUUGUAAGUAUUUUAGUUUUUAAAGUAGCAAACAGAAACAGUGUGUUUUUUGGGAGGGGGUUAGGGUGACAAUACUUCCUUUGCCCCUCUGGUUGAAUUGUGUACAUAUAAUAAUAAUAAUAAUAAUAAUAAUAAUUUAUUAUUUGUACCCCGCCCAUCUGGCUGGGUUUCCCCAGCCACUCUGGGCGGCUUCCAUAGAAACAAAAAAUACAGUAAAAUAUCACAGAUUAAAAGCUUCCCUGAACAGGGCUGCCUUAAGAUGUCUUCUAAAUGUCAGGUAGUUAUUUAUCGCUUUGACAUCUGAUGGGAGGGCGUUCCACAGGGCGGGCGCCACUACCGAGAAGGCCCUCUGCCUGGUUCCCUGUAGCUUUGCUUCUCGCAAUGAGGGAACUGCCAGAAGGCCCUCGGCGCUGGACCUCAGCGUCCGGGCAGAACGAUGGGGGUGGAGACGCUCCUUCAGGUAUACUGGGCCGAGGCCGUUUAGGGCUUUAAAGGUCAACACCAACACUUUGAAUUGUGCUCGGAAAUGUACUGGGAGCCAAUGUAGGUCUUUCAAGACCGGUGUUAUGUGGUCUCGGCGGCCGCCCCCAGUCACCAGUCUAGCUGCCGCAUUCUGGAUUAAUUGUAGUUUCCGGGUCACCUUCAAAGGUAGCCCCACGUAGAGUGCAUUGCAGUAGUCCAAGCGGGAGAUAACUAGAGCAUGCACCACUCUGGCAAGACAGUUUGCGGGCAGGUAGGGUCUCAGCCUGCGUACCAGGUGGAGUUGGUAGACAGCUGCCCUGGAUACAGAAUUGACCUGCGCCUCCAUGGACAGCUGUGAGUCCAAAAAGACUCCCAGGCUGUGCAACUGGUCCUUCAGGGGCACAAUUACCCUAUUCAGGACCAGGGAGUCCUCCACACCAGCCCGCCCCCUGUCCCCCAAAAACAAUACUUCUGUCUUGUCAGGAUUCAACUUCAAUCCAUUAGCCGCCAUCCAUCCUCCAACCGCUUCCAGGCACUCACACAGGACCUUCACCGCCUUCACUGGUUCUCAUUUGAAAGAGAGGUAGAGCUGGGUAUCAUCUGCAUAUUGAUGGACACCCAGUACAUACAAAGCAGUAUUUUUCCAAAGUCUCCAAAAACAGAUGGGAAAUAAGAUGCCAAAACAAUUAACCUUGUUUGGGUCACAUGUUCUGAGCUUUUUUAAAAUAAAUGACUAAAUGAAGGUUGUUUUGUGCAAGAAAAACUCUCAGCAUCCAAUUUAAAAGGUGCAAAGGGACAAUGGAACCCAACAAUCCUGUGAGAACUGAGUGCCAGGGAUACAGAGGGAGUGAGGUGCUGAACCCUGGUUGAUGGGUGUUGUGGUGAAUGUGUGGGUGUAACACAUACUGUAUGUUACAUGCACAUAGAAUCUUAGAGUUGGAAGUGACCCCGACAUAUGGCCACCCAACCUCUGCUUAAAAACCUCCAAGGAAGAAGAGGCCUUCUGAUAGUAUCUUCUCUCAGUCUCCUCUUUUCCAGGCUAAAUAUGCCCAGCUCCUUCAACCGUUUCUCAUAAGGCUUGGUUUCCAGACCCCUGACCAUCUUGCUUGCCCUCUGCACAUGUUCCAGCUUGUCAACAUCCUUCCUAAAUUGUGUUGUCCAGAAUUGUACACAGUAUUCCAGGUGUGGUCUAACCAAGGCAGAAGAGAGUGGGACUGUGACUUCCCUUGAUCUGGACACUAGAUUUCUGUUGAUGCAGCCUAAAAUAGCAUUAGCUUUUUUUGCUGCUGCAACCCUGUGUGAACUCAUGUUUAGCUUGUGGUCUACUAAGAGCCUUAGAUCUUUUUUUCAUGUGUUGCUGUCAGGCCAGGUGCCACCCCCCCACCCCCGCCGUAUGUUCUGAUACACAUAAUUUAAAGCAUGCACACCAAACCUUUGUAAUGAUGCUACAAGCUUUGCAUUCAUCCAGUGAAGCUGAAUGUUGAAAGAGUCAGGACAGUCGAAAGAACGCAUCCCCCCCCCCCCAGCUCAUAGUUAAACUGCGGAAUGUGCUUCCACAGGAGGUAUUGAGUGAAGGAAUGAAGGAAGGAAUGUGAUGGCCACUGACUUGGAUGGCUGCUGGCCCUGAUGACUCUGCUCUCCCUCCAUUGGUGGAGGCAACAAGCUUCUGAGUGCCACUUGCUGGAAGUUGCAAGUGGGGAGUGUGUUGUGCUCAGAUUCUGCUUGUGGGCUUCCCAGAGGCAUCUGGUUGGACCACUUCGGGAAACAGGAUACCCGGUAAACAGGCUUCUGAGCUGAUCUAACAGGGCAUUUUCUUUUUACAAAAUCCAAGGUAUCACCCAUGACAUCUCUCUCGGAAGGGUCUUGGCUGUGGUCCCUGGGAAGCUGUGGUUUGCCAAGGGCCCCCAUACAACGCAGUGUGUCAGUGGGUCUGGCUGUUAACCAGAAGGUUGGUGGCUGGAGCCCACCCAGAGACAGUGUGGGCAGGCUUCCUGCAUUGCAAGGGCUGGGAUUAGAUGAUCCUUGGUGUCCCUUCCAACUCUGUGAUUCUAAGGUUGAUGCUGCUGGCUUUGGCGGCAUUGAUCAAAGCUGCUUCUUUCGAGCCAGGGCUCUUAAGGAAAGACAAUGCUGGAGCGGGAAUGAGGAGCCCCCCUCACCGGCCAGAAAUGCUUGCAGAGAGUUUGUGUCUUUUGUCAUCAUUCCCUCCCCCCAACUUCUUCCCAGCUUCCGCUGCUCCUUUUUCCAGAGUCAUCACUUCCCUGCACACAAAUUGCCUUUUAAAAGCACAGGCCAAUUUAGCUGAAAGUAGCAAAAGCUCAAAUCUUAGGAAACUCCACAGCAGGUUAUCUGUAAAAUUCUGUUCCCCUUGGGGAGCUGAACAUGAGGGGUAAUAGAAAAAUCUUUUCUUUUCUUUUCUUUUUUUACUGCCAAAGGGGGAAUGUAUGUACAUGGGACUAGCAGGAGGGGUGUGGAGUAUUCGCCAGCUGCAGUAUUGCAGCAAGAGGAAAUGAUGGAAAGAGUUAAGGCUUGUUAAAGCACAGGAUGCUCUUAAUUCACAUUGAUUGUCAGAGGAGAGGAGGAUCCUGGGAAUGUUAAGGAUUUCUUCAGCCUGAGCAAGCAAGAAGAUACAAAACACAGCCACUCUCCCCUCCCUCCCCACCCUUAUGAAGCUGGAGGUACCAGCAACUAUUUUUCACAUUCUAAAUUCAUUGGAAUGCAAAUCUCAAUUCCCACCCCCACCCUCCUGGAAUCUCAAUGGAAUGGAAGUAUUUGCAUCCAAGGAAGCACACUUUAAAUUAUUUAAAUUAUUAUUAUUUAAAUUAUUAUUAAAUGCAUGUUUAAGGUUGCAUUCAAGCCAGUGCAAGGCUUGACUUGUCCCUUCCAUUUUUAUUAGAAGAUUUGGUCACUCAGCAGCAUGCACUUCCCUGACAUUGUAUCAGUUUCAAGGGAUAUAAGAAUUGCAGAACUUUUGUGUUCUAAUUUAGUGUGCCCCAAAUGCCAUUUGUUAGAUACUUAGAAGUAUUUCCUAGGUGCUGCCUUUGAAAAUGACAGCUAGAACAUUUGAGACUAACCAGUCUGGCUGGUAUUAUUUUCAUGAAACAAUGCACUUUUAGAAAUGGGGACAUCCCCCAGAGGAAGCUACAGCAGGGGAUUUGCAUAUGAAGUGCUUUGAACACUUGAAAAUGCUGUGAAAAUGUUGAUUGUUUAUUAAAUGUAAGAGCUUUACCAGUUCAGAUGAAAGGCUCAUCCAGUCCAGCAUCCUGUUUUCCACGAUAGAAAGCUAGAUGCCUCCAUCAAGCAUCCAACAAGGGUCUACAUCAUCUCCCUUUGCCCCCUCAGCAGCUGGUGUUUGGAGGUAUACUGCCUCUGAACCAGGAGGUUCUAUGGAACCAUUAUGGCUAGUAACUUGCUCCAUAAAAUUGUCCUAAAAGGUAAAGGACCUCUAAUAGUUAAGUCCAGCUACAGACGACUCUGGGGUUGUGGCACUCAUCUCGCUUUACAGGCCGAGGGAGCUGACGUUUGUCCACAGACAGUUUUUCCGGGUCAUGUGGCCAGCAUGACUAAGCCGCUUCUGGUGAAACUAGAGCAGCACACGGAAACACCAUUCACCUUCCCACCAGAGCAGUACCUAUUGAUCUACUUGCACUUUUUGGGGGGGCGUGCUUUCAAACUACUAGGUUGGCAGGAGCUGGGACCAAGCAACGGGAGCUCACCCCAUUGCAAGGACCUUCUGAUCGACAAGCCCAAGAGGCUCAGUGGUUUAGACCACAGCCCAUGUCACAAAAAUUGUCCUAUCCCCUUUUAAAAACCGCGAACUUAGUGGCCACCAUUGCACCUUAUUGCAGUGAAAUUCCAUAAGUUAGCUUUGCAUUUAAGAACUGUCUUGAACAACAUAGAAGCAAAGUGAUGGAUUAAAAAAUUAAUUUCAAUGUUGCUGUUUUCUCAUUCCACAAUGACUGCACUGAUGGGGCUUCGGCAAAGGCUUUGUAGACCCAAUGGUCAACAAAGUAGGGUACUAAAUCUUUAAAAUUGGACUUAAUAGGACCUUGCUUUUUAAAUCUCACAUAAGCGUUAUUGCCUGGGAAAUGUCUAAUGCUGUCUCCAUAUUGGACAGAAGCAAUAGCAUAGCUAAUCUUGUUUUGCAGGCAACUCUGCCCCAAUGGCAAAUAUAUUGUGGAAGAUGCUUGUGGAAUUAGGAAUUGAUCAUCAUUUGCUGAUCUUAAUACAGAAUUUAUAUUCCUUUAACAUUUGCCAAAUCAAACUCAGUGCCAAAGGUCAGCUUUAUUCCAACAUCCCGAAUACGAAAGGUGUAAAACAAGGGUGUAUUCUUGCCUCUUUUCUUUUUAAUUUAUUUUUAUCAGAUCUUCCAGAGCACAUUGAAAAAGUAGAAUCACAUGGCCCCAAAAUCAAUCAAAACCCGGUCCCAUUGUUACUGUAUGCGGAUGAUGUGGCCUUAUUAUCACUGACGAUAGGUCUGAAACAUCUGAAACAUCUUUUACUUUCCCUGGUUUCCUAUUAUGAAAGCAAUACAUUUUCAAUAAAUUAUGAGAAGACAAAAUUUCUGAUCUUCUCUAAUUCCUGGAUAUUAGAGAAAUGGAAAAUUAGAGGACAAGAAAUCCAAGUAAAGUAAAGAUUCAAAGAUAUCUCAGAAUUUUAUUCCAGAGCAACUCAGGUUGGUCAAACCAUCACGUAAGUGCUAUGAAACAGGCAAAGUUUACCUCCUCAACAGUAGCUCGCUUUUCUUUUCAGAAAGGUAACCAAUUUAUACCAGCUGAUAUUCAGAUUUUUCAAACUAAAGUGUCGUCCCAGAUACUUUUUGGGAUCCCAAUAUGGAUACAAGCAUAUAAUAGUGAUUUAGAUAAGAUACACUCAAGUUUCUUGAGACGUGUCCUGGGGCUCCCAAGUUCAAUCAAGUAUGAGAUGAUGUGUGCAGAACUAGGUAUACACACAAUGGAAUAUUGGGUGUGAGCUAACACUGGAAAACACUGGUUGCGUUGCCAUUUCCGUUGUCAACCCUCGAGUCUGCUCUCUGACUUGAGGACUUUUAUAAAUCCAAAUGGUUCUAACUCUUACAUAACAAAAUCAGAUCUAUUGGCACUGACUUGGAACUCAUGUAUAAUUCAAGUGAGCAAUAUAUCACAAUAGUCAAUCCAGAUUAAGGGUCAUUGAAAAACGAAACAUCAAGUCAGCUGUAAAUAAAAUUUGCUCCCCCAAGUUCUAUGGUUUAAAUACAACAGAUAACAGGGUCACUUAUAUUUCACAAUUAAUAAUUCCAGUCCAACACAGGGCCUUUAUGUUAGCCCAACUGAACGUUUUCUCCUCAGCUUUUGUCAAGGGCAGAUAUUCAAACAUCCCCAGAAAUAAUAGACAUUGUGGAUGUUCUUUGAAUGUGCUAGAUGCUGUAAAACAUAUACUUUUCCACUGUCCAUUGUACAAUCAGCUACGCAAACGUGUGCUAUCCCCCUUUUUGGGUAGUCUAACAUCACGGCAUGGUGAAAAUAUCAGAUUCAAUCUGUCUGACAUUAACCCGGAAGUAACUGCAAAGGUGGCUGAGUUUUUUGUCAACAGUAUCUCAGAGUGGUGAAUAGCACUAUUUAGUGGGAAGAAACUCCAAUGAAAACCCUUGUUAUUACAUAUUUUACAUGGCUGUUUAUUUGUAUAUUUUUUAAAUAUGGAUGUUUGAUGAUGGCCUAUAUUUGUAAUGUCUAAUAAAGGUUUGGUGAAGUAAGUAAGUAAGGAGGCAAAUGUUUUUUUGUUUUCUCAUUACAUCCCAACCAAUGGGGACCUUGCCAGAUGGACGUGCCAGCAGGAUUAUGCAGGCAGUUUUAAUUACUAAGCAGCACUAGAUAUCCAGGUAUCUUCUCCUUAAGCAGUUAGAUUUGCAAAUACAAAACCCAAUCAUGUAUCUAUUUAAAAAAUAACCCAAGUGUGGGGGUGGGGUUGGAGCUUUUUACAGAGAGACUUUUGGCUAGUUGAUGAAAAGCCACUCAUGUGAUGGCGUACACAAGAGAGUUAUAAAUCUGUAUUGUACCUUACAGUGGCCUGGUGAUUAAAAGAAAAAGACAGGGCUUCUGCAGCUGUAAUAGUUGUAGAGAAGAGGGGAUUCUCCCCACCACCACCACAUCCUCUUUUUACUUGGCUACCCUAUCAAUGCACCUCAUUUUUCAUAUUAUUUAUUUGGUAACACUUACAUGCUGUGCCAAAGUGCUCAAAGCAGUUUUCUUUUUCUUUUUUUAAAAUAAUAUUUAUUGAGAAUUUAAAAUUACAGAGAAAAAAAAGGAAAAAACAAGAAAUAAAAGAAAAAGGAAAAAGGUAGGCAAAAAGAGAAAUUAAACAAUACAAGUCAAUAAAAACAAAAAUCAAAAAGAAAACAAAACACACAAUACAUCAAUAUCCAAAAAAACACACAAAAACAAAAAAAAUUAAAAACAAAUCCAAUAUUCCCAAAUCUUUAUCUUUCAUUAACUUGUUUCAGCAACCUCCUCACACCUCCCUUUUUUGUAUUCUAGUUAUUAAUUAUCUCAGCAAAUCCUUUCCAUCUUUCACAAUAUUCUGUCAUUAAAUUACCUUAAUUUAUUUUAACCUUAUCUUACCAUAAAAAGCCCUAAAGCUUAAAACUUAAAUCUUAUUUAUGCAUAAUUCUUUUUCACAUAACAUAUUUAUACAUAAUUCUUUUUAACUUUUCUACUAAAGCCAAAUAGUUUCAUUCCAACAUUUUUCUAAUACUCAUUAAUUUUACAGUGAUUUUCUAAAUGAAUUUUUAAAACUUUCUUCCAAUCUUCAUCCAUCGUCUCUUCUUCCUGGUCUCGGGUUUUGUCAGUCCUUUCUAUCCCAUCCAUCUAGUCCAUCAACCUGGUGACCUUCUAUCCGAGGCUCUUAAGUCUUUUCCAUGUCCCUUCCGCAGGUCUUCUUCAUGUUUAUACCUGCACUUUACUUUAUCUUCUGCUAAUCUUAUUCUUAAUUUCCUUCCUUUCUCUCGGGGAGACUCCAACUUGACAAUAUCUUUAUCCCUUCUCAACAAGUCAGCCCAUUCUCCAUAGUCGACAUUGAAAUCCAAAAGAUAUUUGAAGGCAUGCUUCAAAGUCCCUCCAUGGUUAAGGGCCCCCACAACUCCAAACUCCCCCUGGCCCAAAGCCAGAUCCAAAAAGUCAAAACAUCCCUGCAUAGGGGGAUCUAUCCAACUUCCCAUCUCCAGACCAAACAGUACUCCAUCUCUCCAAAUCUGACUUUCUCCAGGUUCUGUCGUCAGAGACAACAACUUAUGUUCCUUCAAGGCCGCAGCUCUCUCCAUUUCUACUACUUGAGGUUCAGCAACAACCUCCUCCUUUAUCUUCUUCGUCACUUGCUCUGUCAGAGCACAUUUCUGGAUUAAUUCCUGAGUGGUUUCUAUAUAGGUAUUCACUGUUUGUCCAAAAUUGCCAACUGCAACAGUCAUCAAAUCCAUCUUCUCAUGUAGCUGUUCCAGUAAAGCGCUUAUUUUGCAAAAAGCAAGCACUAAAGCUUCUUCUGGGCACAUUCUUGUUCAAGGUCAAAGUCUAGUCUCACGAUCUUUAAUCUCUGCAGCUGCAGAAUUCCCCAGAUCGACUCUAACAACAGUUUCACAAGCUCCCUCUAGAGGAAACAAUUUCUAAUUGUAUCCGUCUUUUUAAAAGCAGAUCUAGCAACAAAGUUCCUUUCGUUUUUCAGAUAUUUUGUUCCUUUUAAGUGCAAAAGGGAACAUUGGAAUCAAUAUGUUUCUCUUUUUUAACUAUCUGUCAAAAACGUUUUGUCCACAGUCAAUGAACUACCCCAAAGCGUCUGUCUCUGACACCCCGCUCCCAGGUUCAAGACGGUGGAAAUUUAUCUUUCUUUACUCUCUCUUCUGCAGGUUUAAACAGUCUAAAAAGAUUCCCCCCUCUUCUCCUGCUUCCAAGGGGGGUUUAGUAAUUUUAACUGAUGGAAACGACUUUCCAGACUCUAGCUUGCAAUGUCUUUGCUUCAAUCUAUUUACAAAAGCGGAAGGCGGAGUUCCUGUUUAGACCUUCCCGCUUCGGUGCCAAAUUAAGAAGUUUCAUAGUCCAAUUUUCCGUUCUACUCACGGGCAGUUGUUUAAAAUCCAAUUGUCCACAGGAAAAAGUCAGCGCUCUCCGGCAACAGCAAUGCGGCUUCACUCUGUGAAAAGAGCAGUUGAUUCGAAGCACCGCGCCAUUCACCCCACGUCUCUCUGGAUCCCCGAAACUGGGUUUCCCCGCGAGUAGGGGAGGCGCAAAAGGUGCCAGCCGAAUCCCACAUCCACAGGCUUCUCCCGCCUGUGGUUUUUAAUGGGUCUCCGCCUCGCCGCGGCGGUCCAGACCCUAGUUCUCACGAAGCGGGUUCCAACCGAUCAGAGGAAAUCCGCCAUUGCCGGAGGCGCUAACCCAGAAGUCCGUAAUCAACCAAAGCAGUUUUCAGUUUAGGAUGGCGGGAGGGAACCUGGGGUCCUCCAGUUCCUGCUGGAUAUCUGACUCCCAUCAGCCCCCACCCAAUACUCUGGGAAAACGGGGGCUGUAGCACAGCAGCAUCUGGGAGGACACGGGUUGCCCAUCCCUGGUUUGAAAGAAUGUUUUCUGCUCCACAAGCACAACCUUUAACAUAUUUGCUCAGUGGGACAGACUUCCAGGUAAAUGCACAUUGGAUUUCAGUUCAACCGGUGCAGCUCUAUUGAUGCCUACUCACAGGCAAGUCCCACUGAGUUCAGUAGGACUUGAUUUAGAUUCUGUUAUCGUUUCCCAUCCAAGGAGCUCAAGGUAUCAAGGUCUGCAAGGUGCCUAUCAUCACACUUUGUCCUUCCAACGGUGCCGCACAGUAAGCUGGCCUCCGUAGAAUUGGAGCUGCAGUUAGUAGAUUACAGUAUAUAUUGCCAAGAGCUUGGAGGACCCUGAAAAAUUCUGUGCCGUUUGGUGGGAUUUUAUCUUAUAUACAGGAAAGACAGACUCACAGAACUCCCUCUCCAUAGUACACUGUGAAAUUUGGCCUUUCCUGAGGGUCUUAAGUUCUUUACUAACCUAAUAGGCAGUCUCUCCUAGCUAUACUGCACUGUUUUUAUGUACUUCUGCCAUUUUUAUUCUGUUGGUUUGUGUGAUUUACUUCCAUAAAAUAAAGGUGGAAAUUUUAAAAAGGUGUAGGCUUUUUUUAAAAGAAGAAAAUUGCCAUUAUUUUAAAAGCUGAUUCCCACAGCAAAAGGGGUGUGCUUUGAAUCCACAGAAUAUCCCAAUUGUCACCAAAGGCAUACCCAUAGGAUCCCCUCUUCUCCUGUUGGAUUUAAGCUUGAAAGAAGCAUUUCCUUCUAACCAAUAGAACAGGAGGUGAGGUGGGAUGCCCACAGCACUUUCUCCCAUUUUUCAAAAGGCAGGUUACCCCUGGACCAUCCUAUAAUAAUAAUAAUAAUAAUAAUAAUAAUAAUAAUAAUAAAUUUUAUUUAUAUCCCAGCCAAGACCGGGCUCAGGUAAGGCCUCAUGUAAGGCCAUGGACUGUAUAGACCCAAGGCUGCUGCCUACCUGGUUUCUCUCUGUUCUCUUUCCUAGGUGGACGGGCUCCUCUUCUAUCACAAGGAAACUCAUUACAACCCUGGUAGCACCCCAUUAGUGGGCUGGCUCCGUCCGUACAUGGUACCAGACAUCCUGGGCAUACCUGUCCCCCUCUGCCCACUGACGGCCAAGCCAGACUACGCGGGACUCCAGGUGCAGCAGAUCGUGGAGCGUAAGAGGAGCCUACAGCAGGCCGCCAAGGAGGAUUCUUCCAGUGUCAGCACAGCCCCCCAGGACGGCCGCUAUGAACUGGAACACUUGUCCACACCAAAAGCAGAAGGCUUUCCCUCGGCUCUGAGGGACUCUGCGAGCAAGAUGGAGAAUUGA